AUGCAGUGGUACCCUAUGAUGCCUCCUUAUUGGUCACUGGGGUUCCACCUGUGUCGCUGGGGUUACCGGUCCACUAACGCAACCCGAGAGGUGGUGCAACGCAUGCACAACGCCAACUUCCCCCUGGACGUGCAGUGGAAUGACCUGGAUUACGCAGACAAGCGUCGGGUGUUCACCUUUGACCCCCAGCGCUUUGUGGACCUGCCAGACAUGGUGAAGGAGUUCCAUCAGAAGGGCAUGAAGUACAUUCUCAUCCUGGACCCUGGGAUCAGCAGCACCAGCCCCCCUGGUACUUACCCACCCUUUGAUGAGGGUCAGCGGAGAGGGGUCUUCAUCAGGAACUCUACAGGACAGACACUCUUAGGGAAGGUGUGGCCUGGUCCGACAGCGUUCCCUGACUUCACCAACCCAGAGACACAGAGCUGGUGGGAGGACUGCAUUCGGGAGUUCCACUCCAGAGUCCCACUAGAUGGCCUGUGGAUUGAUAUGAAUGAACCAGCCAGUUUUGUGCAGGGCUCUGUGGAGGGGUGUCCUGACAGUGAUUUGGAUAGCCCCCCCUACGUGCCACCGGUGAUUGGAGGACAGCUGAACACUGGUACACUCUGCAUGUCAGCUCAGCAGAACCUGUCCACUCACUACAACCUGCAUAACCUCUAUGGGCUGACGGAGGCUAGCGCCACCCACAGUGCCCUGGUGAAGGUCCGGGGGUCGCGACCCUUCGUGCUGUCCCGCUCCUCCUUCCCUGGCAUUGGCCGUUUCUCCGGAGUCUGGACGGGAGACGUGAGGAGCGACUGGGAGCAGCUCAGAUACUCCAUCCCUGCGGUGCUGCUGUUUGGCCUGUUCGGGGUGCCACUGGUGGGGGCGGAUGUGUGUGGGUUCGGGGGGGACACCACAGAGGAGCUGUGUGUACGCUGGACCCAGCUUGGAGCCUUCUACCCCUUCAUGAGGAACCACAACGACAAGCCCAAUGCUCCCCAGGAGCCCUAUGUGUUUGGUCAGGAGGCCCAGACAGCCAUGCGUAGCGCGGUGAUGUUACGUUACUCUCUCCUGCCGUUCCUCUACACACUCUUCUACCACGCACACACCUCCGCAGACACUGUGGCCACGCCUCUCUUCCUCCAGUUCCCCUCGGACCCUAACUGCCAGACCAUAGACAGACAGUUCCUGUGGGGGAGUUCUCUGCUUGUCAGCCCAGUGUUAGAGCAGGGGGCAGUGGAGCUAGCUGCCUACCUCCCCCCGGGGACUUGGUACAGUCUGCACAAUGGCCAGCCAUUCUACAGUAAGGGUCAGUACCUGCUCCUCCCAGCCCCUCUAGACACCAUCAAUGUCCAUGUGAGAGAGGGACACAUCAUCCCACAGCAGGAGCCAGGCCUGACUACCUCAGCUUCUCGCAGUAACCCUUUCCUCCUGACGGUGGCGCUGUCUGCUGGGGGCUGGGCCUGGGGUGACCUGUUCUGGGACGACGGGGACAGUCUGGACACAUUCCAGAGAGGAGACUACUCCUAUGUUAUCUUCAUCGCUGGACAGUCCCAGGUGAUGAGUGACCCCCUGCGUCAGAACGGGGCGCUGGACGGGCUGGUGCUGGGAGGGCUGCGAGUGUUCGGGGUGCCUUCCCCACCCCGCUAUGUAUGGGCCAACGGAAAGAAAGUGUGGGAUUUCUCUUAUCAGACUGACACCAAGGUUCUGACGGUGACCAGCCUGGCCCUGACCAUGUCAGAGGUGUUUGAAGUCCUGUGGACCUUGUGAGCCUUAUGAACUGUAUGACUCAGUGGACUCUGACCCAGUAGAUAGCUUCUCAGGUAGUUCUGGAACUCCUGACCUAGCACAUCUCUGACAAAAACCUCCACCCAAUGUUUCCCCUCAAUCAUUGCUACCCUGGAUAAGACAUUGCUCUAAUAGACUCCUGGGUUUCUGAAUGGACAGACUACACUGAAGAAUUUUUGGAAAUCAUGUUUUUAUAUUCAACUGUAUUUUCAAUAAAAUUAUGUGAACUGAG